ACUUCUCCACCGCCAAGUGCACUGAAGACAUCAUGAAGCGAAGCAACAACUACAGCUCGUCCGAGAGCGACCUCGACGACAACAUCGAAGUGGAGAAAGACAGCGGCGACGAAAAUGGUCCUGCUGAUUCUCACGGCUCAAUGUCACCGUCCACUACCACCACUCAAGUUCAAGCCAGAAAACGACGCAGAGGAAUUAUUGAGAAAAGAAGACGUGACCGCAUCAAUAAUAGUCUGUCUGAGCUGAGGAGACUGGUGCCGAGUGCUUUUGAGAAACAGGGAUCAGCCAAAUUGGAAAAAGCAGAAAUACUGCAAAUGACUGUGGACCAUUUGAAGAUGCUGCAUGCAUCUGGAGGCAAAGGUUACUUUGAAGCGCAUGCCCUGGCGAAGGACUACCGCAGCCUGGGCUUCAGGGAGUGUUUGGCGGAGACUGCUCGCUUCUUGAGCAUCGCAGAGGGCCGGGACGGUGGAGACCCCCUCCGAGUGCGUCUAGUGUCCCACCUGAGCAACUACGCAUCUCAGCGGGAGGCGCAGGCCGGACUGGAACACUUAGCCUGGGGGUCAGCCUAUGGUGGCGCCCCGCCACCCCUCCCACGCCCCCUCCUCCUUCAGCCGCCGCAGGGCAGGACGCCAACAUCCAGAGGAAACGGCCGCCCACCCUCCGCACCGUCCCCUGAGACCUCGGCGACGUCCAGACUGCUUCCACCGACAGAGUCUCUCAGAGCGCCCCCUGGCGGCUCGUUGCCUGUCGCUGUGCCAACGUCCAAGCUUUCGCCGCCCCUCCUAUCAUCCCUCUCCUCGUUAUCGGCCUUCCCCCUUUCUUUCGGCGCUUUCCCGCUCGUCUCCCCGGCAGCCCUGGGUGCGCUCACCCCCCCCUCUGCCCUGUCCAAGCCGUACAGGCCGUGGGGCACAGAGAUCGGGGCCUUUUGAAGACAACAGCUGGACUGAGGGGCAACAGCUGAGCUCGGACAUAACCACGUGACCAUCUGUUUUUGUGCUGUAAAAGACAGGUGGACACUAUGAACCGGCUUUCUUUUAUUGUUUGUAAAGCAUGUUAUGGACAUUAUUUCCUACUUGUUUAGAAAAGAGAAUGAGCUCUGGACGAUUAGAUUUGUUUGAAUUGAAAUUGAUAACUAAUUUAGCUGACUUGUGUUGGAGGGCCAACACACGUCAAUGGACUUUUAAAAUUGUCAAGGAGCAACAUUAUGUAUUUAAACUAGACUUUCGCCUACUUAUUUCUAUCUGGACUAUAUGGAAAACUAACUUGUUCACCCUGGGACACUUGCCUUUUUAUAUUUGUAAUAUUUUUCUAUCAAUAAAUCA